AUGUAAUUAAAGAGAGAUUAUUAUGAAAUUCUUGGAUUGGAGUAGAAUUGCGAUCAGGACUAAAUCAAAAAGGCAUAUAGGAAUAUGGCAUUGAAGUUUCAUCCAGACAAGAACUAAGCAGAUGAUGCAAAAGAAGUGUUUUAAGAAAUCCAGGAAGCUUACUAAGUUCUUUCUGAUCCUAAUGAAAGAACAUGGUAUGACAAUCACAAAUAAUAAAUCUUGAAUCCUGAUCUUGACAAGGCAGAUUUAGAAACUAUGGAAGGAUUUGGUUUUAACAUAUGGCAUUAUUUCUCUCCUCAUUAUUUUGGUUUUGGAGAUGAUCAAUAAGGUUUGAUAUUAAUAUUGAUAUUUUAGGAUUUUAUGCCUUUUAUAGAGAAGCCUUUGAAAAAAUAAAAUUUGAGGAAGAAUCAGCUUUUAAUAAUAAAUAAUUGGAUUCAGAAGAAGAAGACUCGAAUACUGAAUUUGAAAAACUUCCAGGUUUUGGUACUUCAAAUACACCAAUUGAUUAAGUACUCAAAUUCUAUGUAAAAUGGGAGAAUUUUACCACUUAUAAAUAAUUUGCAUAUGCAGACAAAUAUAACCCAAAGGAUGCUCCUAAUAGAUGGGUAAAAAGGGCAAUAAUUAAAGAUAACAAAGUUGAAAGAAAGGAAGAGAAGAAAAAAUAUCUUAAAACAAUUAAAAAAUUAGUAGAAACAGUAAAAAAUAAAGAUCCUAGAUAUAAAGAAUAUUUGGAACAAUUAAAAAAAGAAUAAAUAAUUAAGGAAUAACAAAAGAAAAAAUUUAAAGAAUAAGAAAAAAUUCAUAUGCAAGAAAUAUUAAAAUAGGCUAGACUUGAAGAAUAAGAAAGGUUUAAAUAAAAUGAAGAGUAUUUUAAAGAAAGAUAACAAUUUUAAGUUAUUACAGAAAAAUAAGAAAAAUCUUCAGAUGUUUUCUUUUGUGAGAUUUGUGAUAAAGAAUUUAAAUCAGAAUCAUAAUUUAAGAAUCAUUAAAAUUCUAAGAUUCAUAAAUCUAAUUUAAAAGAUAUAAUUUCUUAGAUUACUGUUGAUAAAAGAGAAUAAGAAGAAUUAUUAAAAAAAAAUGGUGUUAAUAGUGUGAGUUCUUAAGAUUUAGAAGAAACCUAAAAAUAAAUAUAAGAAUAAAUAAAUAAAGAAUUAGAAAGAGAAUAAUAAAAAUAAUAAAAAUUAAUUGAAUAAUAAACAAAACAAAAGGAAAAGAAAAAGAUUAAAAAUAAAAAGAAAAAGUCUUAAUAAUAACAAUAAUAAUAAGACCAAAAAGAAGAAAAAAAUAGUAGUAGUGAUGAAUUAUAAAAAGAAACAAAAAAUGAAGAAAAUGAAUAUGUAAAUAGUGAUGAUGAUGAUCAUUUUACAUAAUUACUAAAAAAUAAGAAAAAUAAUCCAAUAAAUUAAUAAUAGGAUAUUAAAUAACCUAUAAUUAUUCAAUAAUAAAAUAGUGAAAAAUAAUAAUCAGAUUCUAAAUUUUUAAUCUAAUAAAGUGAAUCUGAUGAUGAAAAAAAUGUUAUUUAAGAUACUAAAAAAGAUGUUGAUGAAGUUGCUAAUGAACCAAAACAACUCAAUAAAGCUAAAUUAAAAAAAUUAAAAAAAAAAGAAAAAGAAAAAUAAAAUGAGUAAGAAAAGUUCAAAUGCAAUGUUUGCUAAGAGGUUUUCUAAUCUAAAACUAAAUUAUUUAAACAUUUAAAUGAAUCUGGUCAUUAAAAAGCAAAAUGA